AUGAACAGCUCACUCCGCACAGCAAGCAUCAAGCCCCACCGGUCCAGCGACCGUGGCCACGCCGACCACGGCUGGCUUAACACGUACCACAGCUUCUCCUUUGCAGGAUGGUACCACCCCGACUUCACCCACUUCGGCGCCCUGCGCGUGCUCAACGAGGACCGCGUCAAGGCCCAGACCGGGUUCCCGACGCACCCGCACCGCAACUUCGAGAUCUUCAGCUACAUCCUGUCCGGGGAGCUGACGCACCGCGACUCCAUGCUGGCCAAGGGCAGCGAGGGUCAGACCCAGACUGACAAGUUCUACCGCAUGCGCCGGGGGGACGUGCAGUUCACCACGGGCGGGACGGGCAUCGCUCAUUCCGAGUUCAACGAGCACCGCUCCGACACGGUGCACUUCCUGCAGAUCUGGGCCGUGCCCUGGAAGAACGGCCUGAAGCCGCGUUACCACACCCGGCACUUUGACGAGCAGGCCAAGCGGGAGCGGUUCGUGCCUAUCCUCAGCCCCCUCAAGGCCGGGGAGGAUGCCACGGCCCAGCAGGAGGCCGAGGCUCAGCCCACGCUGCCCGACACGAUACCCAUCCAUGCCGACUUCGUCAUGGGCGCGGGUAUCAUCGCCCCCGGGGGCGGGUUUGAGUGGCUUGUUGGUGCCGAGGCCGGGCUGGCGCCCAAGAGGAAGGUGUACGUUCACCUCGUCAUGACCAAGGGUGGGAAGGCUAAGAUCAGGAUCGACGGGAGGGAGGAAGCGGAACUGGGCGAGGGAGACGGUGCGUUUGUGGAAAAGGUCAAUGCCGGUGACAAGUUGGCUAUUCAGAGCAUCGGAGAAGCGGAGGCCGAGGUCAUUGUACUGGACACAGCUUAG